UUUUUUUUUGUCUUCUUUGCUUUUAUUCCUUUUGUUCUUUUCUCCCGCAAUGGCUCUCUCUCUACGCUAUCCUCUGUCCCUGCUUUUUGCAACUUUGCUUCUUAUGCAUACUCUGGCAGAAGCUCAAACAAGCAGCGACCCUUUCAUUCAUUCUCGAGCAGCUUAUUAUCCAAAUUCUGACGAACAAGGAACAGAUAGCGGCGCAUGUGGGUUUGGUUCCUUUGGAGCUACAAUCAAUGGUGGGGAUGUCUCGGCUGCAUCUGACCUCUACAGAAAUGGCGUUGGCUGUGGGGCUUGCUACCAGGUAAAGUGCACCAACGCAGCAUACUGCUCGGACAAUGGAGUAACGGUGGCUAUAACGGACCAGGGUUCAAGUGAUCGGACUGACUUUAUUCUGAGCAGACGAGCCUUCGGUCGGAUGGCUCAAACCACUGAUGCAGCUGCUUCUCUGCUUGCUCUUGGUGUGGUGGAUAUUGAGUAUAGACGUGUCUCAUGCAGCUACCCGAACAAAAACAUAACAAUAAAGAUAGACGAGAGCAGCAACUACCCUCACUAUUUGGGUUUUGUGCUAUGGUAUCAGCAAGGCAAGAAGGAUAUCACUGCUGUGCAGCUCUGUGAGACUGGGAACUUGAUGUGCAAGCUAUUGGAUCGUAGUCAUGGAGCAGUAUGGACGACAACCUCGCCCCCAAGCGGGGCAUUGUCUCUGAGAAUGUUGUUCAGCGACGAGAAUGGAGAUGAUGAUUCUUGGGUCGUUCCUAUUAAUAGCAUUCCUCAAGACUGGAAAGCUGGAGAAACAUACGACACCGGAGUACAAACUUAAUUAUUUAAUAUAUUAUUUUAUAUGUAAUAUUAAUUCUAUAUUUCUAUAUGUAUGUUUUACAAUACAGUCAUAUGAAAUAAUAAGUUCUCUCCGAACCAAUUUUUUUUAAUGAUUAUUUAAUUUCUAGACGAUGGAUGGGGAUAGGUAGGUCAUGUACUCGUCAUGAUCAGAGAAUUAGGAAAAAUUCUUGAAUGUAAUCCAUCAUUAUUAAUGUUGAUUAAUGAAAUUCCAUGUGACUUGACCUCUGAUUAAA